UUGACCAAUGUCCAUUUAAAUAUUGAUUGGCCUGGUCAUUUAUUAUAACGGUCAUAUGAAUAUUGUUUUGUUCACGGGUGAAAAGAGUAUUGAUCUAUUUUCAAUUGUAGUCAAUACGUAACGAAAUCCAAAAUGUCGGGUUAUCCUCAACAGAACUAUGGAAAUGGAGGCUAUCCACAGCAGCAAUACCCUCAACAACAGUAUACCCAACAGCCUCCCGGAUAUUUUGUGCAGUCAACUCCACCAGCACCAAUGUCAUCACAGCCUCUGACUGCGCAGCCGUAUCUACCACCACCACCAUACGCCUAUGUAGCACCUCAGCAGUAUGCACAGCAAAGCCCCCCGAUGAUGGCCCAACACACUACAGCUAGCAAUAUACCGCCGCCUCCUCCUGGAUGUGCACCCAAUAUGGCUCAAAUGUCACAAGGAUAUUCACAACAAGGAUAUUCUAAUGGACCACAAAGAAAUCCAAAUCUUUGGGAUAACGACGGAGGAGUUAACUUCGGGCUUUAACUUUUGACAUUUUGGAUGUUUGCAUUCAAGUUCUUUCAGACUAAUUAUGGAAUGGGAUGAGGAUCUGAGUGGGAUGUCUUAAUUUCUGUACCAAAUGUGAAGGCAAUUAAAUUUAGAGGCAAUUCUUCUCGAAUGAAUUAUAUUUUACUUAUAAUCGAAUUCUUGAUAUUUUAGCACUCUAUUUGUUCCCAUUUGUUUUAUAUUCUUAUAUAUAAAUCUCAUAUUUUCUUGUCCAUUAUUCUGUAUUCUGUAAACCCCGCUCUAAAGGGUUAUGGUCAUGAAAUUAAAUAAUGCUUCAUUUACACUGUAUGUCGCCAAUGAAUGUGCGUGUAUGCUUCUUUCAAAGAAAACAAUUAUAAACAUGA